GAGUGUCUACUGGCGCGCGGCCAAUCCCUCAUGCAGCGCAACGUAAUACAUGACCCUCUAUCAUUAUAACGCCGACAUGCGCAAUCUGCACAACGGUAACAACAUCUAAUAUCUCUUAUUCACUGACCCCGGGACUGUACGGGACUGCCUGCGUCCGAUGUUUCUGCAGAUUGGAGCGCCGACGCGAAGCGCAGAGACAUGUCCCGAAGAAAGCAAGCGAAACCUCAGCAUCUCAGAUCGGACGAAGAAGGAACACAGUCGGACAAAAGUCCGGAUAACGCACUUCUGUUGAGGGGAGGCGAUGAGGAGGACAGCGGCACAGAGAGCCGUAGCGGGGGUGAAGAGACGCACGUGUGUGAGAGGUGCUGUGCUGAAUUCUUCAAGUGGUCCGAAAUGCUGGAGCACCAGCAGAAGUGCACGGAAGACCCCCCUGUGCUGAUAGUAAAAGAGAAUGAAGAGAAGGCCAUUUCCCGGGGAUCACCGACAGAGUCCCUCUUGAGUGCCCACAGUGACUCAGCAGAAAUGGAGGCCAGCGAGCUCAACUCUGAGCUGGCUGAGAAAGUCGACGAGAUGCCUGAGGAAACCCACAUCAUCGACAUGGAUGAACAAAUGGAUAUAAGUUUGCCAGAGCAUAAAACAUCAAACCUCAGCCCUCUACAACUUGACAAUGAAAACACCACCUCUUCUCCUGCACCACCUAUAACCAAUCACUAUGACAUGCCCAGCACCAAUGUGACUCUGGAGAUUCUUCACAGCACCCGAGUGGCCGUUGCUCAGUUUUCCCAGAGCAUUCACUGUGCAGGGUCUGCAGGCAAGCUGAACUCAGCAGCGAUACCCAUGAUUCUAGAGCAGUUGAUGGCGCUUCAGCAGCAGCAGGUUCAGCAAUUGCAGCUCAUUGAGCAGAUCCGCAGCCAGGUCGCUGUAAUGAAUAGGCAGCCUACGCAAGCCGCCCUUAAUCCUGCCUCAAAAAGCCUGCCCUCUGACUCUAACACUUACAAUUUCAAGGGCAUCGCUCCACCCCCUGUACUUCCAUUAUCUGGGGUCAUGCCCUCUGCAGUGAAUGGGCAGGCCUCUGUAUCCCAGUCGUCUAUGCUUGCGAGGCCACCAUUGCUUUCUUCCCAGCCAAGCAGUGGACAAAUCACCUCUAGAGCAUUGGAGAGUGCCACUGCUUCCUUAACAAGUUCCAGCCCUCAUCUCUUCAGCUACAGUGGGGCUUCCCCACUCUUACCCACUUGUAGCGGAUCGCUCUCUAAUGUUAGUAACACCCAGUCCGUAAGCACUCCCAGUCCACUAUCAGCUUGCCAGAGUAGCCUCCUUAGCCCGUCUGCCAACCUACCAUUACUACCUCAAAGCCCUCCUAAUGGAGUCAUAUUUCCCAAUCCACUGGCCAGUAUUGCAGCCACUGCCAGUGCGUUAGACCCACUUGCUGCUAUGAUGAAGCACCGUAAGGGCAAACUGCCUAGUGUCUCCAUUUUUGACAACAAGCCCAAUUCCGAGGACCCAUUCUUUAAGCACAAGUGUAGGUUCUGCGCUAAAGUGUUCGGCAGUGACAGCGCCUUGCAGAUCCACUUGCGCUCGCACACAGGUGAGAGGCCCUUCAAAUGCAACAUUUGUGGCAACCGUUUCUCAACAAAGGGAAACCUCAAAGUCCACUUCCAAAGGCACAAGGAGAAGUACCCUCAUGUUCAGAUGAACCCCUAUCCAGUCCCAGAGUAUCUUGACAAUAUUCCUACCAGUUCUGGGAUUCCUUAUGGGAUGUCUUUUCCUCCGGAGAAGGCAGGACCUACUUGGUUAGACAGCAAACCUGUUCUUCCAACGGUGCCGUCCUCAGUGGGUCUGCAGUUGCCGCCCACAGUACCAAUUAUUGAAAGCUUAAGUGAUUCAUUUACAAGCACACCCUCUGAAAGAUCUCCACACAGGCCGUCGCCAGCCAGAGGUGAACUUGCACCAUCGUCACCCAAUCCCACCGGCACUGAGACAGAUAUGUCUACCAUAGCGGCCUCCCCUAAUUCAAACAGAGAAGGAGAGAUCACACAGAGCUUCAAUACCGAGGAAGUGCACCUGCCAUCAAACAGUAUGACUAGAAACAGUAACAGCUCCAACAGCUUGCUUUUGCAGUCCAUGUCGACAGAAACACCUGUUAAGGGGAACGUAUCAGAGUCCACCGAUGUUCCUUCAGCUGUCAAUAAGUCGUCCUCUCCUCCACUCAUCUCGGAUCAGUUCAGGGCCAAGUUCCCAUUUAGUGGUCUCCAAGACUCUAUGCAAACAUCUGAGACAUCAAAGCUCCAACAGCUUGUGGAAAACAUUGACAAGAAGAUGAUGGAGCCUAAUCAGUGUGUAAUCUGCCACCGCGUGCUUAGCUGUCAGAGUGCGCUGAAGAUGCAUUACCGCAUCCAUACAGGGGAAAGACCAUUUAAAUGCAAGGUUUGUGGACGAGCAUUCACCACAAAGGGUAACUUGAAGACCCACUUUGGUGUCCACCGUGCAAAGCCUCCUCUUCGGAUUCAACAUUCAUGCCCGAUCUGUCAGAAAAAGUUCACAAAUGCUGUUGUGUUACAGCAGCACAUACGCAUGCACAUGGGUGGGCAGAUUCCAAACACUCCCCUGGCAGAAACCAUGUACGAGAAAGAUACAGAUAUGGAGAGUUUCGACAGCAUGAGCACUUAUGAUGACGACUGUCUUGAUGAUAUUUCAUUUGAAGAAGAAGCAGAUGUUGUGGAGAACAAUGAAAACACCCUGAGCUCUUUUUCAGAAAGUCCACCACCUAUCUCAUCUCUUCCAACCAGUGUAUCAGAAUCUCAAAAUGUAGGGGGUGACUCAUCCGUCAGUCUCAGCCAAUCAAAUGAAAAAAAGAUGGUCAGGUGUGGACCAAUGGAUAAUGAUUUUCAUGCUCUGGGCUCGACCACCACUGGUGAGAUGGAGAACCACAGCAUGGGAACUGCUUUAAUGCCACAUUCAUCUAGUUCUAUUCACAUUCCACCCUAUCCCAACAGUCAACCUGAAGGACAACAUGAGCACUUAGUCUCUCUGAACCUCUCCUCUAAAAUCCCAGAGGCAACAGCUAUAGUAAAAUCUGAAACAACAGAUUGUCCUGCAGCAAAUGCAGUCAACGGGGUGACUCUUAAUCAAACAGGAAUCCAGCCUAUCAAGCCUACAGUAAAGAAAGAAAACCCUUUCAACGUGCAAUGUUUCAGUAAGGAACAUGAAAAUGCUCAAAGGUCUACUGAACAGGAUACAAAAAAUUCGCCGACUGCAGUGAAACUGGAGAUGAGUGCUUGCAGUAGACCAUACAUGCUAAAAGAAGGGCCUUUCCCUGCAUUUGGCCUGCAGUCUCCCACCUCACGCUCUGAGGUGAUGAUACCGGGCGUCACCUCACUCACUGGACCACCCCCUCCCCGACGGACCCCUAAGCAACACAACUGCAGUGCAUGUGGGAAGAACUUCUCUUCUGCCAGCGCCUUGCAGAUCCACGAGCGCACACACACAGGUGAAAAACCUUUCGGCUGCUCUGUCUGCGGUCGAGCAUUCACAACCAAGGGUAAUCUCAAGGUGCACAUGGGCACCCAUAUGUGGAAUAAUACUCCGGCCCGUAGAGGUAGACGACUGUCUGUGGAAAACCCAAUUGCCCUUCUGGGCGGUGAUGCCCUGAAAUUCAGUGAAGUGUUUCAGAAGGAUUUAGCAGCCCGGGCCAUGAAUGUGGACCAAAACUUCUGGAGCCGAUAUGCAGCAGCUAUAACUAAUGGCUUAGCAAUGAGGAACAAUGAAAUAUCCGUCAUUCAGAGUGGAGGAGUUCCCCAGCUCCCUGCCAUUACUGUGGCCACGGACAAGGCUAGCACUGGAAACAGCCCACCAAUCACAGCCAUGGAAAAAACAGGCUUAGAAAGGGGUACUGGACAACACUUCUCCAUGAUGAUUGAUGACAAAAAAGACAUUGGAAUCAAUUAAAGUAAAGGUGACAUAUUCGUUCUCCUUGCGUAAGGAACAUUGAAAAUAAAUGUGUCUUGAUUUUUGAAAAUCAGAAUAAACUCUUUAGAAUGUGCUUGAUUCAUGUGGGAAAAGAUUCUUUAUCUUAUGCUAUAAUGGCACUUGUUUUUUUAUUUCAUUGUUUAAACUGAGGCCACGGUUAGUUUUUCAAUUAUGUCCACUGACUGAAACCUUACACUUGAUUCAAGGGCAUUGUUUUGAGAUAAAAUUAUUAUUUUAUGUUGUAAAUAUGUAUUUUAUUUUAUUUUAUUUUAUUUUAUUUGUUUUUACCCUCUGAUUUUGCUGUCAAACAUUGCUCAAUUCAUGGGAAAGGGAACAUGUUUGCAUAUAUAAUAGAAACUUUUCAUUCCCACACUGUGGUCUUAAUAUAGCUACAGUUGAAGGUAUCUAACUUAAAUCCCUGAGCAAAAGAUAAAGAGACAUUUCAGAGUUUUUGAAAAGAGAUGUAUUCUUCUUUGACAUCCCACUGCUUUGCUGCUAUGCAUUGGAUGCAAACCGUUUAUUUUCAUGCAAAUUAAGUACACAACCAUGAAACCUAGUAUCAUUUUAGCUGCCAUCAACAAUCAAACGUUCCAUCUUAUACCAGCCUAUGUAUGUUAUUAAUUCCGAUUAUGUGUUUUAUGCUAUUUUCUGCCUUAUUUACUUUUACAUGCAAAAUUAAUUAGUGGGCCAACAUGAGACUAUGAAGUAUAAUAUCUUGCAAAAAUCUUGCAUUAAAAACAUCUUUACACUUCAGUUUAAAGUAUAGUAGUCAAUAAAAGCCCUUGGGAUGCAUCCGAACGUGUUGCGGGACAAUUCUGUUUCAAAAUUUAGAAAUGUUUUCCUAUUAAGAACAAAAUAAAUAAAUGUUUCCAGAAACACAGGAAAAGAAAAAAGUGAAAACAAUAUACUUGUCUGUAAUGGUAGCUUAUGUCUUAUUUACUAAGCGUGUCAUGUCAGGUCAAUUUAGUGUUUUUUUAUUUUAUUUUAUUUUAUUAUUUUAUUUUGUAGUGCUAUUUUCCUUAUAUAAUAUAUUGUUUAGUGAUGGGGGAAAAACAUUAAAUAUGAACGAGCAGUUUUUUCAUAAAAUAGGUAAUGGUGAAAAGGGACGGGGUAUUUGAUGUGUCCUCUGCAUGAAAAAGAGACACUAUUUUUGUACUCAGAUACGUUAUAACGAAUAAAAAGUACACCAGGUUUUCUUUUCUGUCUGCACAUCAGUAUUUUUUCAUGGAACAACUGAGGUGGUCUCACAAAAACACUGACUGAACUGGAUUUAUUUCUAAGAUGCAAUAUUGCUGCCACCCUCAAUAAAUAAAUCUCAAACAAAAUAUUUUGUGUCACAUUACUGUUGUGAGUAUAUGGGAAAAGGCUUCACUCUCUGUCUCUUUCUGUCUCUCAGUGUGUCUGUGUUCUAAGAAACUUUAGCCAGACAUCGUUAUUAAUAGUGUUAUUAAAAAAAAAAAAAAAAAAAAAAAAAAAAAAAA